AUGUCCAAUGACGUACAAGAUAGACAAAUUUCUACGACGGAAUCGAAUGAUUCUGUCGCUGAAGGGGAUAAAAGCAGUUUGUUAUCUAGCACUCUAACUUUUGCAGUCAAUGAAGUAUUGAUUUUGAUAAACGCUGGAUUAAAAUUGUUAGUAAACUGGUUAAUAUUCAAUAUUCUCGUGCUAUUCUCUCUUAGAAGUUAUAUUCAGAGAUUUUGGAGCUAUGGUGUCUACAUUGUAUUCUGUUGGUUAGAGUUGUUUGUGUUUUUGAAUGUUUUUGCUAUUCGUGUCGUCUACUUUAUGACAGGUACUAAAGUAAAGCACGAGGAACCUCCUAGCACAGCUUACAACUCAAGGGGGAUCCUAAGAUUGAGAAAGAUACAUGAGAACUUUUGGAAUAAGAAGAAAGUCAUGUUUGCUAAGAAUGCCGAUUCCUUUUCGUCUUUUGCAAACAUGUCUCCUGUGUCAAAGUUCCUUGACAUUCCGUCUACAGACUUCGAUGAAACACAUAAUACUCAAGGAAUAGAGCCAGAAAUCAGAUCGAACUCGAAGCAGGUAUUGCCAGAUGUCUCAGAAGAUCCUUUUUUGUAUCAAAAGAACGAGAGUGAAGCCGAAGAUGGUGCAGAACCCAAAAUACAAGAUGUAGAUCCCGAGUCCCAAGAAGUAAAAGAUAGUUACAAACAUAGCUACUUCUUCCAUAAGAGGCCAAAGAAGACUUCUGAUACAGAAUCGGUUCAUUCAGGUGAACAGAACUUAGAAGAAAAGAAAAUAGAUGUUGACAAAGAAUUUAGUCCUAAAUCUAGAAAAAGACUUAGUCACAUUUUCAACAUCGCGAAUGCUUCUACUCAGCUAUGA